AUGAGCAGGGAUGCAGAGAUGGAGGCUUUUGGGGUGGCUGCCCCUUUCCUGCGUAAAUCUGAAAAGGAGCGAAUAGAGGCUCAGAACCAGCCCUUUGAUGCCAAGACUUACUGCUAUGUGGGUGAACCCAAGGAGGAAUAUGCCAAAGGGAAAAUUAAGAGCUCUGAAGGUGGGAAAAUUACUGUAGAGACAUCAGAUGGCCGGACAAUAAUUGCCAAGCCAGAGGAUGUGUAUGCAAUGAACCCACCAAAGUUUGACAAAAUUGAAGACAUGGCAAUGCUGACGCAUUUACAUGAACCAGCUGUUUUGUAUAACCUCAAAGAGCGCUACAGCUCUUGGAUGAUCUACACCUAUUCAGGCCUCUUCUGUGUCACUAUUAAUCCAUACAAAUGGUUGCCUGUGUACAAUCCAGAGGUGGUUUCUGCUUAUCGUGGGAAAAAGCGUUCUGAGGCCCCUCCCCACAUCUUCACCAUCUCUGACAAUGCAUAUCAGUUCAUGCUAACUGAUCGUGAAAACCAGUCUAUUCUGAUCACCGGAGAAUCUGGUGCUGGAAAGACUGUCAAUACCAAGCGGGUCAUUCAGUAUUUUGCAACAAUUGCAGCUACUGGAGAAGGCACCAAGAAGAAAGAAGAGUCAAAAUCGGGGAUGAAGGGGACACUUGAAGAUCAAAUCAUCAGUGCCAACCCUUUAUUGGAGGCCUUUGGGAAUGCCAAGACUGUGAGGAAUGACAACUCCUCCCGUUUUGGUAAAUUCAUUAGGAUUCAUUUUGGUGCCACUGGAAAGCUGGCUUCUGCAGAUAUUGAGACCUAUCUUCUGGAAAAGUCAAGAGUAACCUUUCAGCUGAAGGCUGAGAGGAGUUACCACAUUUUCUAUCAGAUUAUGUCCAAUAAGAAACCAGAAUUAAUUGAAAUGCUUCUCAUUACAACAAACCCAUAUGACUAUCCAUUCGUAAGCCAAGGUGAAAUUACGGUCCAGAGCAUUGAUGACCAAGAGGAGCUUAUAGCUACAGAAACAGCUAUAGACAUCCUGGGCUUUACUUCAGAAGAGAAAGUUGGCAUUUAUAAACUGACAGGAGCAGUGAUGCAUUAUGGCAACAUGAAAUUUAAACAGAAACCCCGAGAGGAGCAGGCAGAACCAGAUGGCACAGAAGAGGCUGACAAGACAGGUUAUCUGAUGGGCCUAAAUUCUUCCGAUUUGUUGAAAGCCCUGUGCUUUCCUCGGGUGAAAGUGGGAAAUGAGUAUGUGACCAAAGGUCAAACUGUGGAUCAGGUUCAUCAUGCUGUCAAUGCACUUUCUAAAUCCGUUUAUGAAAAACUCUUCUUCUGGAUGGUAGCUCGUAUUAAUCAACAGCUGGACACCAAGUUGCCCAGACAACAUUUCAUUGGAGUAUUGGAUAUUGCAGGUUUUGAAAUCUUUGAGUUUAACAGCUUGGAGCAGCUCUGCAUCAACUUCACCAAUGAGAAACUACAACAAUUUUUCAACCACCAUAUGUUUGUACUAGAACAAGAAGAAUACAAGAAAGAGGGAAUUGAGUGGACUUUCAUAGAUUUUGGCAUGGAUUUGGCUGCUUGCAUUGAGCUUAUUGAGAAGCCAAUGGGCAUAUUUUCCAUCUUGGAAGAAGAAUGUAUGUUCCCCAAGGCAACUGAUCAGUCUUUCAAGAACAAACUCUAUGACCAGCAUCUUGGCAAAUCAGCCAACUUCCUAAAGCCAAAGCCUGUCAAAGGCAAGGCUGAGGCCCAUUUCUCUCUUGUGCACUAUGCUGGGGUUGUGGACUACAAUAUUGGCGGCUGGUUAGAGAAGAACAAAGAUCCCUUAAAUGAAACUGUUGUGGCACUGUAUCAGAAGUCAUCCAUUAGGAUUUUAGCCAACCUGUAUGCAACCUUUGCUUCCCAAGACGAUGAAGGUACUACUAAAAAGAAAGGUGCCAAGAAGAAGGGUUCAUCUUUCCAAACUGUUUCUGCACUUUUCAGGGAAAAUCUGAACAAAUUGAUGUCCAAUUUGAGAACAACUCAUCCACAUUUUGUCCGCUGCAUUAUCCCUAAUGAAACUAAAACUCCAGGUGCAAUGGAUCACAAGCUUGUCCUACACCAACUGAGAUGCAAUGGAGUGCUUGAAGGCAUUCGAAUCUGUAGGAAGGGAUUUCCAAACAGAAUUGUAUACGGAGAUUUUAAGCAAAGAUAUCGUGUACUGAAUGCUAGUGCCAUCCCAGAGGGCCAUUUUAUGGACAGUAAAAAAGCCUGUGAGAAAUUGCUGGGCUCCAUCGAUAUCGAUCACACUCAGUACAAAUUUGGGCAUACCAAAGUGUUUUUCAAGGCUGGUUUGCUGGGCCUUCUGGAAGAGAUGAGAGAUGACCGCCUCACUUUGCUCAUUACCCGCACGCAGGCUGUGUGUAGGGCGUAUCUCAUGAGAGCGGAAUACCAAAAAAUGGUGGCAAGAAGGGAAGCAAUUUUCAUGAUUCAGUACAACAUUCGCUCAUUCAUGAAUGUCAAACAUUGGCCUUGGAUGAAGCUGUUCUUCAAGAUUAAGCCACUGUUAAAGAGUGCAGAAGCAGAGAAAGAAAUGGCUAACAUGAAAGAAGAGUUUCAGAGAACUAAGGAAGAACUUGCUAAAUCAGAAGCCAAAAGGAAAGAACUAGAAGAAAAAAUGGUGUCUUUGUUGCAAGAGAAAAAUGAACUGCAGCUUCAAGUACAAUCUGAAAGUGAAAGUUUGGCAGAUGCUGAAGAAAGAUGUGACCAAUUGAUCAAGACUAAAAUCCAGUUGGAGGCUAAGAUCAAGGAACUGACUGAAAGAGCAGAAGAUGAAGAGGAACUGAAUGCAGAACUGACUGCCAAGAAAAGGAAACUAGAAGAUGAAUGCUCUGAAUUGAAGAAGGAUAUUGAUGAUCUUGAGCUAACAUUGGCCAAGGUUGAAAAAGAAAAGCAUGCCACUGAAAACAAGGUGAAGAAUCUAACAGAAGAAAUGGCAGUUUUGGAUGAAACCAUUGUGAAAUUAACCAAGGAGAAGAAAGCCCUCCAAGAAGCUCAUCAGCAAGCUCUUGAUGAUCUACAGGCUGAGGAAGACAAAGUCAACACCCUCACAAAAGCCAAAGCAAAACUGGAACAACAAGUUGAUGAUCUGGAAGGCUCUUUGGAACAAGAAAAGAAAAUCCGCAUGGAUCUUGAAAGGGCCAAGAGAAAAUUAGAAGGGGACUUGAAACUAUCUCAAGAAUCUAUUAUGGAUCUAGAAAAUGAUAAAAUGCAAUUAGAAGAAAAGCUGAAAAAAAAAGAUUUUGAAUACAGUCAACUACAAAGCAAAACUGAGGAUGAGCAAACUAUGAGUAUUCAGCUGCAAAAGAAAAUCAAGGAACUACAGGCUCGUAUUGAGGAACUGGAAGAAGAGAUUGAAUCUGAAAGAGCAACCCGAGCAAAGGCAGAGAAGCAGAGAGCUGAUUUGUCGCGUGAACUGGAGGAAAUCAGUGAGAGGCUUGAAGAAGCCGGAGGGGCCACCUCUGCCCAGAUUGAACUCAAUAAAAAACGGGAAGCGGAAUUCCAGAAAAUGAGGCGGGAUCUGGAGGAAUCUGCCUUGCAGCAUGAAGCCACUAUUGCAGCUCUUCGCAAAAAGCAUGCGGAUAGCACAGCCGAGCUCGGGGAACAAAUCGAUAAUCUUCAACGUGUCAAGCAAAAAUUGGAGAAGGAGAAGAGUGAGUUUAAAAUGGAAAUUGAUGACCUGGCCAGUAACCUGGAGUCUAUUUCCAAGUCUAAGGCAAAUCUAGAGAAAAUGUGCCGCACAUUAGAGGACCAGCUUAGUGAAUUGAAGGCCAAAUCUGAGGAAAACCAGAGAUCAGUUAAUGAUCUAACCACUCAAAAAGCUCGUCUACAGGCUGAAACAGGCGAAUUGUCACGUCAGCUUGAGGAGAAGGAGAGCAUAAUAUCACAGCUUUCCAGAAGCAAGCAAGCAUUUACUCAGCAAAUAGAAGAGCUGAAGAGGCAGCUAGAGGAAGAGACCAAGGCAAAGAAUGCAUUGGCACAUGCUUUACAGUCUGCUCGGCAUGACUGCGACUUGCUCCGAGAACAAUAUGAAGAAGAACAAGAAGCCAAGAGUGAGCUCCAGCGUGCCCUGUCCAAAGCCAACGGAGAAGUUGCUCAGUGGAGAACCAAGUAUGAAACAGAUGCUAUUCAACGCACAGAAGAGCUAGAAGAGGCAAAGAAAAAACUUGCUCAGCGACUUCAAGAGGCUGAAGAGCAAGUUGAAGCUGUGAACUCCAAAUGUGCUUCCUUGGAGAAAACAAAGCAGAGACUGCUUUGUGAAGUGGAAGACCUAAUGGUGGAUGUUGAAAGAGCAAAUGCACAGGCAGCUGCUCUAGACAAAAAACAAAGAAAUUUUGACAAGAUUUUGGCAGAAUGGAAGACCAAAUAUGAGGAGAGCCAGUCAGAACUGGAAGGUUCCUUAAAGGAAGCUCGCUCCUUGAGUACUGAACUUUUCAAAAUGAAAAAUGCCUAUGAAGAAACAUUAGAUCAACUGGAAACAAUGAAGAGAGAAAACAAGAAUUUGCAGCAAGAAAUUGCUGAUCUCACAGAACAAAUUGCUCAAAAUGGCAAGUUUAUCCAUGAACUUGAGAAAGCCAAGAAACAGGUAGAGGUAGAGAAAUCUGAGAUGCAGAUGGCUUUGGAGGAAGCAGAGGCAGCUCUUGAACAUGAGGAGGCCAAAAUUCUUCGCAUUCAGCUUGAGUUGACUCAGGUUAAAUCGGAGAUUGAUAGGAAGAUUGCAGAGAAAGAUGAAGAAAUUGAUCAGAUGAAGAGGAAUCACCAAAGAACAGUGGAAGGCAUGCAAAGUGCCUUGGAUGCAGAAAUCCGGAGUAGGAAUGAGGCCAUAAGGAUUAAGAAGAAGAUGGAAGGGGAUCUAAAUGAAAUGGAAAUCCAGCUGAGCCAUGCAAAUCGCCUUGCAGCUGAGACACAGAAACAUUUGAGGAAUGUUCAAGGACAGCUCAAAGACACACAGCUACAUUUGGACGAUGCCCUGCGAGGCCAAGAGGAUCUAAAAGAGCAAUUGGCCAUGGUUGAACGCAGAGCUAAUCUGAUGCAGGCUGAGAUUGAGGAACUCCGGGCAAGUCUGGAACAGACAGAGAGAGGAAGGAAGAUUGCUGAACAAGAGCUUCUUGAUGCUACUGAACGGGUGCAGCUUUUGCAUACACAGAACACUAGUCUCAUUAACACAAAGAAGAAGCUGGAAGUUGAUAUUUCUCAGCUUCAAGGUGAAGUGGAAGAUGCUAUCAAAGAGGCCAGAAAUGCAGAGGAAAAGGCAAAGAAGGCCAUCACGGAUGCGGCCAUGAUGGCAGAGGAGCUGAAGAAAGAGCAAGACACAAGUGCCCACCUAGAAAGAAUGAAGAAGAAUCUGGAUCAGACAGUGAAGGAUCUCCAGCUUCGUCUGGAUGAGGCAGAACAACUCGCCUUGAAAGGAGGAAAGAAACAGAUUCAGAAGAUGGAAGCCAGGAUCCGAGAGCUAGAGUCUGAACUUGAGGGAGAGCAGAAGCGAGCCACGGAAGCCAUCAAAGGUAUCCGCAAAUAUGAGCGGCGAGUCAAAGAAUUGACUUUCCAGAGUGAGGAGGACAGGAAGAAUGUGAUCAGACUACAAGAUUUAGUGGAUAAACUUCAGUUGAAAGUGAAAUCCUACAAGAGACAAGCAGAGGAAGCUGAUGAACAGGCCAACGUUCACCUCUCCAAAUUCAGAAAAACACAACACGAGCUGGAAGAGGCUGAGGAAAGAGCUGAUAUUGCUGAGUCUCAGGUCAAUAAGCUCCGAGCAAAAUCCAGAGAAGUUUCUACCUCAAAGGUAAAUGCCUCUUUUGUCCAGCACUCAACCAUUUUUUCUACACAAAGGAUGAAGUGGCAUUUCAAGAAGGAAUGA